GGUACUUCGUUGAUGUUAAUAUUCGGCCAAUCGUGGCUUCACACGAACGUAAACUUGCCACGUCCAGGUUUUCCCGUUUUGUGGCAGUCAUUAAACAUCGAAAACGGUGUUCGCAAGUCGAAGUCUCGUUCAGUAGUCGGCUGGUCGUGAAUAGCAUUAACGAUAGGAUUAGGAAUACGAUACAGUAUGCGUGUAGCUACUUCGUUAGGUUUGGCCUUGUUUGUCGCCGGAUGUGUUCUUGUGGCAUCUGAGGUGGAAGUCAAAACUGAGGAUGAUGUGCUUGUGCUGACGAAGGACAAUUUUCAAAAAGUGAUCGACGAAAACGAGUUUGUUCUAGUGGAGUUUUAUGCACCAUGGUGCGGGCACUGUAAAGCUCUAGCUCCUGAAUAUGCUAAAGCAGCAACGGCUCUGGCAGAGAAAAAAUCCAGUAUCAAAUUGGGUAAAGUUGAUGCCACCGAAGAGCAGGAAUUAGCCGAAAAACACGGAGUACGAGGGUACCCGACGUUGAAGUUCUUCCGUAGCGGAACUCCCAUUGAGUACAAUGGAGGGCGUGAGAAGGAUACCAUCAUAUCUUGGUUGGAAAAAAAGACUGGCCCGUCAGCCAAGGAACUGGAAACGGUUGCGGACGUUGAAGCAUUCCUAGAGGAGCUUAAUGUUGCCGUUGUAGGUUUCUUCAAGGACCGUGAAUCUGAUGCUGCUAAGGCUUUCUUGGCUACCGCCAAUGCCGUUGAUGAUUAUGCUUUUGCCAUCACGUCUAGUGAUGAGGUAUACGCCAAGUAUGAAGCUAAGUGCGGUUCAGUCGUCUUGUUCAAGAAGUUUGAUGAAGGCAAGGCAGUGUUUGAAGGCGACAUUAGUGAGGACGCUCUCAAGAAAUUCAUCGCAGCUCAGGCUUUACCUUUGAUUGUUGACUUUAGUCACGAAACCGCACAAAAGAUUUUCGGAGGAGAAAUAAAGAACCAUUUACUCUUCUUUGUGUCGAAGGAAGCUGGACACAUCGAAAAGUAUAUCGACCAAGCCAAGGAAGUAGCAAAGAAAUACCGCGAAAAGAUUCUGUUCGUCACCAUUGAUGCUGAUCAAGAAGAUCAUCAGCGUAUCCUAGAAUUCUUUGGAAUGAAGAAGGAUGAAGUUCCAUCUAUGCGUAUUAUUCACCUGGAAGAAGAUAUGGCAAAGUACAAACCUGAAAGCAAUGAUUUAUCGGCUGAAAAGAUUGAAGAAUUUGUCAAGAAGUUCUUCGAAGGCAAAGUUAAGCAGCAUCUGUUGACCCAAGAAUUACCUGAUGAUUGGGACAAAAAUCCGGUCAAGGUGUUGGUAUCAACUAAAUUCGAUGAGGUUGCCCUCGAUGCCAAUAAAGACGUUUUAGUAGAGUUUUAUGCCCCAUGGUGCGGACAUUGCAAACAACUUGCUCCGAUCUACGACAAACUGGGUGAAAAAUAUGCUGAUUCUGAAUCGAUUAUCAUUGCCAAAAUGGAUGCCACCGCCAACGAACUGGAACACACGAAGAUCAGCUCAUUCCCAACCAUUUAUCUGUAUCGAAAGGGUGACAAUCAGAAGGUUGAGUUCCGAGGAGAACGUACCCUUGAAGGAUUUGUUGAUUUCCUGGAAGGCAAACAGCCUGGGGAUGAUGUGAAAGAGGAAUCCGAUGAAGAAGAAGAAGAGAAGCCUGGCAAGGAUGAGUUGUAAAUCUGUAGAGAGAAUGUAUGUAGUAUGACAAUUGCAAAUAUUAAAAUACACGGAUAGGAACACCUUCAAAAAGUGAAACAAAAACGUAAUUCGUGCAGAAUCCAUAUAACAACAAACUUCACUCUAAGAGACCUACAAAAAUCGGAGUUACCAUCAUCCGAACAUUGUAAAAUAGUCAUGAUCGAACCCUUCCCUUUCCUUUUCUGUUAGGUAAAGGUGAUAGAGUAGAAAUUUAAAUUUGCAAGAGACUGUUUUUAUUUAGUAAUUUGUGCUGUCGGGAUAACCAAAUACCAGCUAUAAAGAUGCAUGCAUAAAGGAAUGGCCUUUCCCAGUUGUGUCGUACAAAACAAGGCGCAUAAAUGGUUCUAAAAUGAAACUUGGGUGAAAAGAGAUGCAUUUUUAAAUGUUAUAUUAACAUUAAAGAAUAAAACAAAUAAAGAAUGAAAGAGUAUAAAAAUGGUUUUUAGCCUUCCAAAAAUCAGCAACACUAAAGGUUUAAUUUCGUUUUGAUAGUGUAUCGAAACAUGAAUUGUUUGAUAUCUUCCCACGGUUUGCAUUGUUGGCAUUUAUUCAGAUCUUCGAAAGGCUCAGCACAAACACAGUACAAUUCUAAAAUAUUAGUUACUUGUUCUUAUACCAGGUUUGAUGUCCAGUUGAUGAAGCCAACGAGUUUGAUGAUCUUCUAAACGAGUUGUAAAUUGGUUAACAUUUAUCAAAGAUUGAUUUUGAAAGGAAAAUAAAGUCAUUGAAAAAUU